AUGGCCCAACACCAAGAGCUUAACAGAAAGGUAGAUGUUCUUGAACUGCUGGAAAAACAUGAUACUCCACCUCUUGUUUCUACUGAAGUGCCCAAGAUGUGUGACCUUCCUAACAAGUCCGAGCCUUGGAGCGAUGAUUGGCUCCCAGUUGACAUCCUUUUGUUGACCGUGGAGGACUGUGAGUUCUUAGCAUGUUACGCUUUCAUGAAAAAUCGCUUUAGAAGUUAUCACAAAGACCUUGGAUUUGUUUACUUCGGAAACGUGUGUGAAAGUGAGAGCGAACAACUGAAGGUCGCCCUGAUGAAGUGUUGUGAAGGUUCUUCCGGUCCAGGUGGCUCGCUAAUCGUCACCAAAAAUGCAGUGGCGCAACUGAGACCUAAAGUUGUUUAUUCUGUUGGCUGCUGUGAGAGUCUUAAACCAGACACGGUGAGGUUAGGAGAUGUUGUGAUAUCCUCAAAGCUUUCUACCGAAGCCUUCAGAACUCCAGUGGGAAAAGAUAUUGGAAAACUCAUUCAGCAUUCAAGUGAUGGCUGGAAUCCACCAUUGAAAAUUCCAAACGCUCGUGAAGUAAAUGUGCACCGUGAUGGCGAGAUAUUGUCUGGUGUGGGUCCACCUAGUGCUAAACUGUCAUGUGUGUCCAACUCAAAUGCGACUGCUGUUGAAUCAGAAGGAGAAGGUUGGCCUUAUUUUUGCUUUAAAGCUGAUAAUUUAUAUUAUUUGUCUACGGCUGUGUACCAUUUGCAGCUCAAAUUCCAUUGUAGUCCUCAACAUGUUUAACAGGGGCACCCAACGAGAGUAUAGUUCAAAACCACAUAAACAUAGCAUUGUUGAAUGUACUUUAGUAUUUAAACGGUAGAUAAAGGCUUAUUUUUAUCCCCUUAAAAUUUUUCAUCUGUUCGGAUUUCCUAGCUGAAAGUAUAGUGAUCCGAAAAUUAUAGGGAUCAAAAUUUACCUUUUCGAAAAUUUCAGCCAGAAAAAAGGCUCCCGAAAAUUCUAGGUGACCUUUUUAGGGUAAAAAUCCGUUAAAAAUGGGCAAUACGAUUUUUUUGAAGUUCAAAGAUCCUAGGAGAGGCAGGCAAGCAAGAAAUUUGUCAGAAAAUGAUCCGAAAAUUCUAGACCUCAAAUCGUCUUCCGAACAGAUAAUUUACCGAAAAUUGUCGUUGCGUGCCCCUGGUUUAACUUAGAGAAUGAGCAGCAACCGAUAUUUAGUUCAAGCAGUGAAGCUGUUUCACCUUUUUGUGUUAAAAGUUGUGAUGACAUGCUUCAUAUGGGUAUCUUUGAAAAUUUUAGAAAAACUUAAGAAUGACAAGAAUGUCCUUUGCGCAACAUUUCUCGUUCAUGGCAUAAAGGUAUAGUGAGAAAAAAGGAGAUGAUCAAUUUGCGUGAAUUUGAAGAGAAAUUGUCACUUACUGCAAAGAUUUCAUGUGAAGUUUUAUCUUAUAAAGUGCUCCGUAAUUAGAAAAAGCUGAAGGGAAAAGUAGUUUAUUUUCUUAUGCUGUCGUCUGAGGUUCACUUCACUUCACUAUUUGUUGUAGGUGUCUUUGUAGCAGCACAUGACAUGAAGAUUGAAUGGGUGAUCGUCAAAGGUGUUUCUCAAUUCGCCAAUGACCUCGACCCUCCUAAUAAUUUGUGGAAGUCGUUUGCCUGCACGAUGGCAGCUUCUCUUGUGUUCAACAUGUUAAAUGACCCUCUCGUUUUUAAAAAUUGGCCGCACUUUGACGGUAAGUGUUCGUCUGCUUGGUUGACGGCGUUACGCUGUAUAAACCAGGUAUAUCAACAAGGGUUCGAAUUGUCGGAUAUGUUUGUACAAAAAAGGGGUCCACAUUAUUGCCAUUUGUUCUGGUCACAGGAUGUGUAGGGGUUAUCCAAUGCACCCAAGCCAUCCUAAACGAAGGAUUCUCUGUUUUAAAGGGGCUGUGUCACGGCAGUCCAGUUCAUUCGCCCUCAAUCCUAUGGAACUUAAAGUAAGCAAAGAAAUUACAUGACAUUGACAAAAUCAGAGAUCAGAGACAAACAAAUAUGUCUCCUGAACAUUAUUUUUGAAGUUGCAAGCAGCAGGGAUCAACUUUGAAAAACUGUUAGGCUGAACAGUUUUCAAAAAUCCUAAUUUCAAUCCAUUUCAGUCUUCUUCAGUUUUGCCCAUCCGUGGCAUCUCUUGUUUCUGUUAUGUUAUUUUAACCUUCCUUUAAAUAAAAGCGGUUAUUUUUAUGUUUCUCUUAAUUUAACGGGCAUUUUGUAAUUUCCUAAUUUGACUGAAUUUAGUGACACAACUCCUUUAACGUGAUGCAAUAUAUGAUAUAAAAUGAACCCGUAUAACGGACUGUUUACAUUUAUAGCGUCUCCCUUAAGAUAGUAAUGGAGUACUGAUCUUCAUUCGUUAGCUGGUGCGGGUGUCUGUAUUAUUACUGGAUGUCUUAGCUUGUUAGAGGCGUUUAAAGAGUGGGGAGACAUAAGGCUACAAAAGUGGUGAGAAUAAAGGGGAGUUCUCCUCUUAUAUUUCAAUUUCAUUGCGCUGCACCCACUGUUCCCCCACUAUGCAAAUGCCUGGAAUUAGCUACAGGAUUUCCGUUUAAACUUGCUGCUCCGUAAACAAGGUGUUAGCAUCGACAGAGGAACGGGGUGUUGACAUUCGCUGGUACGGUUAUUCACAUUUAAGUGUCUGUUCCCUAUUGAUUUCCGUAUUCACCGAUUUCUUACUCCAUGAUGUAAUUUUUCCUAGUCAUGUUACUGUAAAAAUCAAACACUAAUAUAAAAGGUGAAAUUCUGGAACUUCAAAUUUUGUAUCCAAUGGCAAGUUAUUUUCUAUUCUUAGACAACAUAAACGACAAUCAUGGGGAGGCAAGUAAGGAAUUAGGAAAGAUCGGAGGAAGGUUGAAUGACAACGAUUCAUCAGGAAACACAACAAAGGGUAAGUUACAACCCUACAAACUUCUCCACGAACGUUUGGUGAGGAAAAUAGCAGCUAUCAAGAGAGGAAUACAAUAGAGGUCAAAAGUGUUGAGACCUUUUCAGUAAGCAGUUUCAUCAAUUUUGAAGGAAGCAGUACAAGCGCGCAAAAUUAAAAGAUCCUAUUGACGUGAUGUUGCACAUGCAUUUACCAGUUAUCCAAAGCCUUAAGACUGCAUAAAAAUGUCUCGCAAAAUAACUUUUGUUAUAUAGUUUUGGGCUUUCAUUAUUUGCACCCUGAUUAUGUGCUGUUUUGGCGGUCGAAAUAACGCCCAAGUUUAAUCCCAAAAAGUCGAUUCUGGUAUGUCUCAAAUUUUAAUGAUUAUACUACAUGAAAGAGAUGUGAUUCUUUUAAUUAGCUAGACCUGAAGUUCCAGCUCGGAAACGCUUGCGAAAAAUGAAAUUUUAAAUAUAGCCCCUCGGGCCACCGUUAGCGACAAGAACGUGAAAUGUAAGCAUACCGAAACCCGUGUAUAAAACAAAGGAGAAAAUCACACCAAAGUUAUUUCUAGCCCACCAAUUCAAGGCGCAAAGAAAUGAUGGAAAUUUCGGUAUCUAAAAAGGCAUUGUCCGUCCAAAAAUAUAAAAAGGAAAAAAAAACCCUGAACAACGAGCAACUGAGAAUCGCAUCGUAAUUCUGAACUCGGAAGCCGAUAAAAUGCUUCCGCCAGGUCAAGUCCAAAAGGCUUCAAGAACUGUUUUGGAAAUGCCCCAAUAAACUAUCGACAAACUAUGCCAGAUGAUAGAUUUACUUUAGUAAAAUGAACAUGAACAUAAUAUCGUGGGCGAAUGAAGACCUUUGAAUGCCCGGGUAACAAAAAGCCUCGGGAAAUUUCAAAGGAGAUUUAAAUGAUUAAACCGCACAAAGAUUUAUUUACAAAGCGAGACCAAACCGACAGUAAUUUUGUUGCUGGACCGGUAAGAGAAACGAUCAUUGCAUUUUUAAGCUUAUGUUUUCCCCCUAAAUAUUACCAAUCGUUUCCUCUGCAAAGCUGAUUUUAUUCUUUAAACAAAAAAAACCCAUCAUGACACGUCAAACUUUUAUAUGGCAGGUUCGUAGAUCGAGAGCCACAGGAGUCUGAGAACCGACUCUUCUCCGGAACCUUGAUACAUGCAUAACACCUUAAUAAUUCUUGCAACAUGGAACGACCUUGGGAACGGACCAAGAAACUGUCAAAUGUUGGAAAAAAGGGAUUCUAUUCCUAUGCAAAAUUAAAUACGCAUGAUUUGCUCGUUACCACUCUAUCGAUAGGUAUACGUAGUAUAUAUAUUUUUGCAUAUGUUACCUCAUUAUUUUUACUUUCCUUCUUUUUAUACCAUAUAUGAAAGGUGUGAAGCCAAUAAGAGCCUCCCUUCCUUCAAUGGUUCCUAAUUUCACUGGGCGACAGAGCGAGGUUGAAGAGAUCAUCGGACACGUAACUUCCGAAUCUACCCGACUGGUGUCGAUCUGGGGUUCACCUGGGUUCGGAAAAACAUCAGCUGCAAUUACAGUGGGACACGCGCUCCAGACUCAAGGGCUACCUGUCUAUUGGGUCUCAUUACGGGGACUUCAGUCAAAAGCAGAUCUGACUUCAAAGUUUCUUUGCCUUCUAAGGAAACCAACCAUCGACAAUCAACCGUCCGAUCGGCGUCUGUCCCUUGACGAUGAGAUUUGCCAACUAUUCAGCGAAAUAUCAAAAAAGUCUGUAUUUAUUCUUGAUAAUGCCGAUGAUUUGUUAGAAAGUGGUGGGCCAAGAGUGAGGGAAGAGGUCAUGCAACUUCUUGAAGAAAUACUGAGGCAAAACCCAAGGCUGACAUGCAUUGUAACCACGAGACAGUCUCUUGAGUUUAUGGACAUUCAUUUUCAAGGCCAUCAAGGCUUAAGAAUAGGAACAUUAGAUCAAGCCUCUACACAACGCCUAAUUCAUGAGUUACUUUCAAAUGCGAGCCCAGCGGAUUGUACAGAAGUGGCACAUAUCUGCGGACAAGUUCCUUUGGCCAUAAAAAUAAUGUGUUCUUUGAUAUCUGAAGAUAAUGUUUUACCACGCCAUUUUCUAGAUGAUUUCAAGGCGUCCUCUACUGAAAGUAUCGUGAGCAUGUUGGACAAUCAAGAUUACCCGGCAAACCAUCGAUUACAGUUCCUUUUUGACUCCUCUUUCCAGAGACUAACUGCACAAGAACAAGAAGCACUAAUUUCUUUGAGCAUUCUCCCUGGGAACUUCACUACUGAGGUUGCUGCGGCCGUUUUAGGCACCAAAAGAGGUUUUCAAGCCAAAAGAAUGUUACAAAACCUUCGGAGGAAGUCACUGAUUGAUUCAGGCUCUAAAUCCAGGACUUUCACGAUGCACAAACUGUUGCAAUCAUUUUCGAAAAAGAAAGGAGACACUGAGAUGAACAAGACGAUUCUUAAUGCAAAGGGUCGUUUGAAUGCAUUCUAUGUCUCGCACUUUGAUAAACUAAAUGAACAAUUUCUCACCGGGCACUCCAUGGGUGCAUAUAUUGCAUUUUAUGAGGAUAAGGAGAGCAUUAUUCAAAGCCUAGUAGAGGGAUGUCUUGACUCCAAAACAGCUGACACUGUCUUUGACAUAUUGGUCAAGGGAGAGUUGUUUCUUGGCUCGCUUUUUUGGAGCGCAAGUGAAAGUAAAAACUUUUAUUACAUAUACGAUAUCGCCAUAAAAGCAGCCAAUCUGCCUGGAAAUGAAAAAUACCACAGGCAGCUACUUACUUCGAAAGCUUUCGGUCAAGCAACCUGGGGAAAAACAGGACAGACGAAUCAUCUUCUCUCCAAAGUGAAAGAUCUGCAAGCAGCAUCGUCCCUUGUUUCUAAUCAGGAAAAAGGCAAAUGCCUCUGCUAUUUAGGAAUCUGUUACCUCACAGCAGAAGAAACGAAGAGUGGAGUUCACUGCCUACAGCAGGCGCUUUCAUCACUGGAGACUUGCAAAGACCCAGAGUCGAUAGUUCUAAAGUUUCUUAUUCUUCAGAUCCUCGUCUGUUAUUACCAGUCCCUAAAUAAAUUCUCCGAUGCAAGUUACUACUAUGACAAAUCACUACAUCUGUCCUCUGCAGUAGGAGAUUGCAAGCUGCUUGUUAUUCCGCCGAUAAAGAGCAAAGCACAAAAAACUACCAAUAAAAUGCAGUUUGAAAAGGAUUCAAACAUUUUGCUGAAUCAACCUUUCGAAUUCCAAUUUGUCUCUCUCUUAAGUGCAGCUACAAAGUUUUUCGCUGAGACUAAAAUCAAACAAAAUACAAGCCACUUGGUUCUUCAAAUGUUAGAGUGUCUCGAAAAAGAUGUUACACCUUCAAUUGGUUUGGUAACUUUUCACACAGCUGUGGUAAAGCUGCUGUGGAGUUUGAAUAGUGAAGACCCUGAAAAACUAUUUUGGUCAAGAAUAAAUUAUCAUGAAAAAACAAUCAAGCAGUGCAAAGAAACUUUCCCACAUAGUCACGAUUUUGGCGAUUAUGUUCAAAUACAUAUUGAAGCGCUUGUGAACUGCUACUUAAACCUGGGUACAGUUUACCUCAACAGAAAAAACUAUUCAGAAGCUCUUCAGUCAUACAAGAGAGCGCUGGACACAGCAAUAACUUCCUUAGGAGAACAACAUGAAAGGACUGCCGUCACCUACAGGGAACUUGGUGUAACACAACACAACAUGCAUGACUACAGCGCAGCUCUGCAAUCUCAGCAGCGUGCAUUAGCUAUCCGUCGUAAACUGUUUGGGGAAGAACAUGAAAGCACUACUGACAGCUACAGGCAACUCGGUGUAACACAAGACAACAUGCAUGACUACAGCGCAGCUCUACAAUCUCACCAGCAUGCCUUAGCUAUCCGCCUUGAACUGUUUGGGGAAGGACAUGAAAGCACGGCUGACAGCUACAUGCAACUAGGUGUAACACAACGCAACAUGCUUGACUACAGUGAAGCUCUACAAUCUCACCAGCGUGCAUUAGCUAUCCACCUUAAACUGUUUGGAGAACAACAUAAAAGCACUGCUGACAGCUACAUAGCACUUAGUGGAACACAAUACAUCAUGCAUGACUACAGGGCAGCUCUACAAUCUUACCAGCGUGCAUUAGCUAUCCACCUUAAACUAUUUGGAGAGGAACAUGAAAGUACUGCUGACAGCUACAUGGUACUUGGUGUAAUACAGGACAACAUGAAUGACUACAGCGCAGCUCUACGAUCUCACCAGCAUGUACUAGCUAUCCGUAUUAAACUAUUUGGAAAGCACCAUGAAAGCACUGCUGAAUGCUACAUGGUUCUCGGUGUAACACAAAGCAACAUGCAUGACUAUGGCGCAGCUCUACAAUCUCACCAGUGUGCAUUAGAUAUCCACCUUAAACUGUUUGGAAAGGAACAUAAAAGGACUGCUGACAGCUACAUGGCAGUUGGUGGAACACAAUACAUCAUGCAUGACUACAGCGCAGCUCUACAAUCUCACCAGCGUGCAUUAGCUAUCCACCUUAAACUGUUUGGAAAGGAACAUAAAAGGACUGCUGACAGCUACAUGGCACUUGGUGGAAUACAAAACAACAUGCAUGACUACAGCGCAGCUCUACAAUAUCAAAAGCGCGCAUUAGCUAUCCACCUUAAACUGUUUGGAGAGGAACAUGAAAGCACUGCUGACAGCUACAGGCGACUCGGUGUAACACAAUACAACCUGCACGACUACAGCGCAGCUCUACAAUCUCACCAGCAUGCCUUAGCUAUCCGUCUUAAACUGUUUGGGGAAAAACAUGCAAAAACCGCUGAUAGCUACAGGCAA